AGACUAAACGAGUCAUGACAAGCAAUCAGUUUGACAUGGGCACGUUCUCCAAUGAGGUUUACCUCGGAACCUAUUUCCUUAUUCUCUUGUUGCAAGUUUGCUGCGCAGGUAUCAAUGGAUUCAUCAUUGUGCUUUUUGUGAAACUACCCGCCCUCCGCCGGAACAAGCACCUCCGACUGGUCUCCUAUCUUUCUGUUGGCGAUUGUCUUACCGCAAUCGCAGAAGCUCCGUAUAUAAUUUAUAUGAUAGUUAACUGGAAUUCGGUCAUGCUUGACUUUAACCCGAUGUAUAUACUUAUUUCCUCAGUACCCCUGCCGAUGCAACUGAAAAUAUCGGCAACUAUUACGAUUGGAAUCGCGUUGAGCAGAUAUUUGGCAGUAUUUUUCCCUACUCAAUUCCGGAAAACGGAGCAAAGCUGCUUUUCUGAAAUCGUGUUAGCUGUUGCAAUAUUGCUCGGAAUUUUCGAUGCAAUUUUAUCGUUUGCGCUGUCCCCGCCAAUUAGAAUGCCAAAUUGCGGAACUAGUGGUUGCUUUGUCAGUGAUCAAUUCCGAUACUACUGGGGAAUUUCCAAUAUGGUUCUGGGCUUCAUUGUGAUCCUGCUUUCCGUCAGCUUCUUCUUCAAAAUAAAGGCUGUAAAAAGGAAGACGCCGAAUAUGGGAAAUUCGAAGCUUCAGCAGCACAAAUUCCAGCAGGCUAAUAGAACUUCGACUGGAAUUCUCGUGUCCUCUAUGCUAUUUCUCACGACGCCAAGCGUGUGCGUUGGGUUGGUUGAGCUUAUGGGUUACUCCAUAUUCAGAUUGGUGGGCCCAUUUUAUUCAGCGAGCUUGAUGUCUAGCGGGAUUUGCAACGGUAUUAUAUUUAUCGGGUGUAAUGGAGAUGCCAGGCAAUUACUCGGAAGAAAACCUAAACAAACUCUAACUCACACGAUGUCGGUUGCACCAAAAUCUGUGAUUAUUAGAUAUUGAUAAUUUUUUUAAACGCUCUUUAUUAAAUAAAAACAAACUUG